CCGUCCUGGCCCUCCUCUCUCCCUUCCCCGGUCGUUCCCCUACCCCUCCGCCACGGAGGUGCCCCCCCCAAGUGCCCCCUGCGUUCCACCCGCCGCUGACCCACCUCUCUCCCUCGCAGGAAGGCAAUGACGCCAAGAAGGUGGACGCCAUGUCCACUGGCUUUGGCUUCCCUGUGGGAGCUGCCACGCUGAUCGACGAGGUGGGCGUUGACGUGGCCACGCACGUGGCAGAGGACCUGGGCAAGGCCUUUGGCGAGCGCUUCAAAGGGGGCAACGUGGAGCUGAUGAAGGCCAUGGUGGACAAGGGCUUUCUGGGCCGCAAAGCCGGGAAGGGCUUCUACCUUUACCAGGAAGGGUGUAAAGAACCGGAACGUCAACACCGGCAUGGACGAAAUCUUGGAGAGGUUCAAAGUGGCCGCCAAGCCGGAAGUGUAAGUUCAAAGAAAGGAAGGCCUUCCUGAGUGAGGCAGAGACCA